CACGUUCUUAAAAUUAGAAUAGAAUUGAAUAAAUAAUUAAACGUUUCAUGUAUGUUUAAUUUUAAGCUACAUUGACAUAUAUACGGUCAAUGAAAACAAAUACAAUUUCCGGUAGGCGUUUCAACAUGUGUCUCAUUCUCAUGUCUCAGUCAUGAAGUUCCUCAGCGCUGGACGAGCUCUCUGAAUUUACUGAGGUCGCUAGAGUUUGGGAUUUGGGUGAAAAGGUUGACGAAGGGUUUUGGGUCAUGCACAACGUUUAUUAUGUUUAUGACUGGUGAAGGUCUGAGAGGAGAGGAGAUGCUUGGGGCUCCACCAGCGACCAUCGGCAAGAAGAAACAGAAACAUGGAAAAGAUGCUGCUGUGCAGGGCACCAAUGACAGCAGUGUGGUCAGUAAAGUGUCCGCAGCGGCUAAGGGCUACUUCCAGGAUGAUCUCCUCCAGCAUUUUGUGUGCAAGGUGUCACGGCGAGCUCCUCUUAUCAACAGGGGCUACUAUGUUCGCUGGCAAGCUGUUGACCACUGCGUGAAACAGUUUUUGCGUGUUACUGGGUCCUGUGUUAGCAGGCAGAUCCUGUCUCUAGGGGCCGGCUUCGACUCCCUCUACUUCCGUCUGCAUGCAGAAGGAGCUCUCGAGCGGGUUGUGGUGUUUGAGGUGGACUUCCCUGACGUCGCCAGACGCAAGGCAGCCUUAAUCAGUGGCGACGAUCGUCUGAAAGAUUCUCUUCUGGAGUUGGACCUCUUAGCUCAGAGUGGCCCUGUAUAUGUGCGCAGUGCUCAGUACAACCUGCUGGGUGUGGACGUGAGGAACGAGAGAGAGGCUGAGGGGGUUUUGAGCGGGGCUGGGCUGCAGUGGGACCGCCCCACGCUCGUCCUCUCAGAGGUGGUGCUCACCUAUAUGGAAACGGAGUGGUCGGACGCUGUGAUUGGCUGGGCAGCGAGAAUCCUCCCACAGGCUUUGAUUGUGAUGUAUGAACAGAUCCGCCCUGACGACCCCUUCGGCAGGGUCAUGCAGAACCAUUUCCUGAAGCUCAACUCUAAAAUCCAUGCGCUCUGCCAGUACCCCAACACCUCAGCACAGAGCCAGAGAUUCCUGCAGAAGGGUUGGGAGAAAUGCGUGUGCUUGGACAUGAACCAGUUCUACUUCUGUCUCUCCAAGGAUGAGCGUGAGCGGGUGGAGAAGAUGGAGCCCUUUGAUGAGUUUGAGGAAUGGCAUCAGAAGUGCUCUCACUACUUCAUCCUCACCGCCUCUAAAGGCUCUCUGACCAGUCCAGCACUCCUCAAUCCCCCAUAUGAGUCCCUCAUUCCCCUGAUGGCUCCUGAGCUGGAGAGCUUCUCCAUGGCAGUCCGGCCUCUUGAGGGGGCUCCCUGUGUGGAGAUGGUGGGGAUGGCCUCCUCUGUGCUGGAGCCUGGGCUUCUGCUCCUCAGCGGAGGGUUUGGGAGAGGAGGCCGACGCACUGCCGCCACAGCCCUCAUCAGAGGGAAGACUGGUUGGACAUGUGCCACUGUGGAACUGGACGGAGACAAAGGUGUGCGGCUGUAUCACGCACUGACCCCUGUUCCCGGAUGGGGUGCUGUGAUUACAGGAGGCAGAACUUCUCCACUGAACCCCAUUGACAGCGUACUGAAAGUUACCUACAGCCUGAAUGACCAGGCUGACCCCCAAACCGUACAGCUGUCUGUAGAAAAGACGGUUUGUACUGGCCAAGCUCCAAAGCCGAGAUGGAGGCAUACAGCUACUUUGCUGAAUCAUGGAGGCAGGAACUACAUUUUUGUGUUUGGUGGGUGUACAGAAAGGGAGCCAGUUUUAGGUGACGCACACUUCUUGUGUUUGGAGAACCAACAUUGGACAGAUGUCCCUCUUGAAGGCUGCUUCCCUGAACCUCGUCAUUCCCACUCGGCAUGUGCCUAUAGAGGAGGACUGGUGAUCUUUGGAGGUUUGGGCCAAGGAGGUGUUCCUCUAGGAGACGUUAUUCUGCUGAAGUCCAUGUCUAGAGGCUUCAUCUGGGAAAGGCUACAAUUACAAUCAGCGUUGGUACCGAGGUAUUCCCAUACAGCCCAUGUAAUCGGUGAGAAUCUGGUAGUAGUUGGUGGUGUCUGGAUACAGGCAGAUGGUGUGCCAGGGGUUGCUGUAAUAAACCUGACCACUGGAGGCAGUGUUGAAGUUAACAUUGACACAUCAUCUGUCCCCUGGCCCCUCAUGCUGCAUUCAUUCUGCUCAGAAUUGCUGGACUCUGAGGGGGCUGAGUUGGUACUUAUCGGUGGUGGGGGGAACUGCUUCUCUUUUGGAACCCACCUCAAUAACCACCCUGUUACUCUAGAUCUGAGGCCUGUGCUGGACCACUGAGUCAAAUCAAAAGGAUGUCAGAAG